AUGAUUCUCGGCUCACUGCCUUGGUACAUUUUUCCGAGUAUUUCAAUUCUGAUGGAAUACGAGACAACAGCUGGAGCUUUAAUGUAUCAAAUCGGGCUAUUUUAUGAACAAAGGGAUACUGAUUACUUUCUAGUCGAUGUUGCUGCGAAGAGAUUAUAUAAACAGUGCAUCCAUCCUUUAUUUUUACAUCCUGAUUUUGCAUUUUCCAAUGUUUUAUCUCGUUCUUAA